GCGUAUGGCGAUCGUGUAACCGUCAUCACUUUCAAUAAAUCAGGGGCAAGUGCCGUCCUCUCCCCUGGAGACUCCAAUCUGACAAGUGGGUUCGUAAAGGCGAAUCAAACGUUUGAGAACACUCCCGUGCUUAGGGUCAUACUGACAAUCACCGACGGCCAAAUUAUGCCUGUAAAUUCAACAGAAACUUUUGUCUCCAUUCGCUCGAUCAAUUCCUUGGUUCAGAUUUACAAUUUCGGCCGAAAUUCUCCAGUUGAGACUCAGUUAAAGGAACUAUCCUGUUACUGCAAUGGGACUUACGAACAGAUAACGAACGCAGUCAAAAACCCUCUUUGGACACUCCGGUCCUAUUUCGGUAUAGUAGCAAGGCUCUGGCUAACUGCACUCAACGACAGGCCGUAUUGGACCAAGCCUUAUAAUGACAGUGGAAGCCUGGGGAAUGUGAUCACAGUGGUAUAUCCAGCUUUUGCUGACAACUACACACUCAUCGGAGUAGCCGGCAUUGACGUUCUUCUCAACGAGCUAAAAUCUAUUGACACAUCUGAACUCACAUCAGUGUUAUUACCACAUGCCCUUACGGAACCGCUUGUAAAAGGGCAGCCCCAACUUCCCUGCAAUUUUGCGUUGAAGGCAAAUCAGUGCAAUGAACCAGGUGCAUUGUCAGAUGCAUUGUGCCUGAAUACCGACAAGAGCGGCCUCAGUUUCGAGCAACGUUUUUGCAACUGCUCUGGAGUUUGUUCUCCAAAAGUAAUCAACCGAAAGAGCUCCCUGUCACCAGCUUUAAUUGCCGGGAUUGGAGUCGGGGUGGGAAUUAUAGUUAUGGUGGCUUUUGCCCUAUUCCUACUACUUGCAUGGAGGUCCCCAUCAGCGAAUUCUAAAGGUUGGGAGAGUCAAUCUGUGAAAGAGUACACACAGAAGCAGCUUGCUGCUGCAAUGAAUAACUGGAGAAGCUAUAACGUUAUCGGCGUCGGUGCCCACGGCGUGAUCUUUAAAGGUAAACUCCCGGACGGUACUCCAGUUGCGAUCAAGAAGCCCAAAAAAGACCUCAAGCAAGUCGAACUGGAUACAUUUUCCACGGAGCUGGAGUUUCUCUCCAAGCUGAAUCACACACAUCUCGUGCGGUUGUUGGGUUAUUGCAAGCAGGAGACAAUUCUUAUUUACGAUUAUAUGGAGAAUGGAUCGCUCUAUGACUUGUUGCUCAAAGAUUCAACUCGAACAAAGCUCAACUGGGAGAUGAAACUGAAGAUCGGUUUGGGAGCUUCGAUGGGACUGCAGUAUUUGCACGAAGGUGCAGCGCAGAAGACAUUCCAUGGGGAUAUCAAAACUGCUAAUAUCUUGCUGAAGCGUGAAUUGCAGGCUCACAUCUCGGAUUUUAGGCUCUCCCUUUGGAUUAAAAACGACAAGGAUUCAUUCCUGCUGGCAAGCCAAGCUUAUGGAACGAUCGGAUACGUAGACCCGAACUUCACCUCCAGCGGGCAAGUUACUCGCGCCAGCGAUGUGUACAGCUUCGGCAUUGUGCUCAUGCAGUUGAUUAGUGGCAAGGGGGUGGUGGUAGAGAACAGAAACAUCAAAGACUGGGCGAGAUGUUUUGAGGAAAAGGAGGCUCUAGACAAGGUCCUGGAUAAAACCCUUGAAACACCGGAAUAUGGUGUUGGUGUGUUGGUGGAUGUCAUGAAACUUGCACUGACGUGCACUUAGCCUGAGAACCAACAACGACCUAAAAUGAAAGAAGUGGUGUCAAAGUUGGACCACGCUUUAAAUCUCUGGGCGGAGCGGGAGGAAAUUCUGUCUGAGGAAAGCUAUGACUCUACCAAUCAACUGAGAUGAUUGUUGAAGCAGCUCGAUACUACUGGCUCCUUUACUAAUGCCAGAACUUGCACGAAUUGCAGCAUCAAAUUUUACUCUCGAUCCUGGUCCACGAUGAUGAAAGGAAAAAAGUAUCGAAUUUGUUAUUGAUAGGCUCCGACUUCCAUUAGUUUCUCCUCUUGAUUGUAAUUUUAUAGUUGAAUCUCAACCUAUCAUAUCGUGGAAGCUCCUAUAUAUUAGGGAAACGUUAUUACGAAUUAAAAAUUUUAAAAUUUUACAUUACCGCUUUAUUCUUCUCAUUGCGUGUGAUGUCCCACCAGUUAGAGUUGCACAUUUAAUUUGAGAUGCCGAUGUGCUCCUUUA